AUGUCAGGAGAGGACGAUUUCUACCUGUUCCGCAAUAUCUCCUCUGUGGGGCCCUGGGACGGGCCUCAGUACCACAUAGCUCCUGUCUGGGCUUUCCACCUCCAGGCAGCCUUUAUGGGGUUUGUCUUCUUCGCAGGGACCCCACUAAAUGCCAUAGUGCUGGUGGCCACACUGCGUUACAAAAAGCUGCGGCAGCCCCUCAACUACAUCCUGGUCAAUGUAUCCUUCGGGGGCUUCCUCUUCUGCAGCUUCUCCGUUUUCACUGUCUUUAUCGCCAGCUGUCACGGCUACUUCCUCUUUGGCCCCCACGUUUGUGCUCUGGAGGCCUUCCUGGGCUCUGCAGCAGGUCUAGUGACAGGAUGGUCCUUGGCUUUCCUGGCUUUCGAGCGCUACAUUGUCAUCUGUAAGCCCUUUGGCAACUUCCGCUUCAGCUCCAAGCAUGCACUGAUGGUGGUCCUGGUUACUUGGAUCAUUGGUAUCGGAGUGUCCAUCCCACCCUUCUUUGGCUGGAGCAGGUACAUCCCCGAGGGCCUGCAGUGCUCCUGCGGCCCGGACUGGUACACAGUUGGCACCAAGUAUCGAAGCGAGUACUACACGUGGUUCCUCUUCCUGUUCUGUUUCAUCGUGCCUCUUUCCCUCAUCUGCUUCUCCUAUUCGCAGUUGCUGAGGACUCUCAGAGCUGUGGCAGCUCAGCAGCAAGAGUCAGCUACGACCCAGAAGGCUGAACGGGAGGUGAGCCACAUGGUGGUGGUGAUGGUGGGAUCCUUCUGUCUCUGCUACGUGCCCUAUGCUGCCCUGGCCAUGUACAUAGUCAACAACCGUAACCACGGGAUAGACUUACGCUUCGUCACCAUCCCCGCCUUCUUCUCCAAGAGCUCGUGUGUCUACAAUCCCAUCAUCUACGGCUUCAUGAAUAAGCAGUUCCGGGCUUGCAUCCUGGAGAUGGUGUGCAGGAAGCCCAUGAGUGACGAAAGCGAGAUGCCUGGCUCUCAGAAAACAGAAGUUUCUACCACCUCUUCCAGCAAAGUUGGCCCUCACUAAGGACCUUAACUGGCCUGCUGGCAGCAAGCAGAACACCACAUUUAGUUUCUACACUCUCCAUUAAAACCCUAGCACAGGGAAGAGAUAGAUGGGAAGGGGAGCACUCCUUCCUGUCAGCGAGGCUGCUCCUCCCACAUGGACCAUUUCAACAGUCAGUUUCUACUCCUAAGUGGUACCUUCGCCCCCUAAGUGGAGACCUGUAAGAGAAAGGGCACACUUUCCUUCUCUGUCAUUUUUCAUCCCCCUUGCUGGGUCUGGGAUGACACACCCUGUUAGAUGAGCGAUAGGGGCAGGUGCCUACAGCGAAUUUAAAAGACCGAGGUUGUGGUAGCCAUGGCCAGAGCUGCCUCAGCUUACCCAUCUCAAACAGAAUUUUUUCUAGGUGUUCUCCUCUCCACUUAGCUAAAUGGAUGUAUCCAUUUAAAGCUGUGCACUGAUUAAAGUUAGUGGUUUAAUCCCAUGACAUCCUCAAAAUGAAUCUGCAUGUCUCAGUACCAUUUAUAAAUCAAACCCAAGUGCUAAAAACAUUUUACCUUACACUCUCCCUAUACCUGCUGCUCCUGGAAAAUGAAUCCCUUUAAAAUGAAAACCAAGAUAAAUGUGUUCAGCUAUGCUCAAGAAAUGCUGGAUGCGUCUCAGCACUGGAAGGCAGGAGGGUUGGAGCUGUGAGAAGCAACCAGAAACCUCAGGAACAGCAAAGGACUAAGUGUGAGGGAGGAGGCAGUGCUCUUUCUCAGCCUGGCGGGGAGAUACGGUGGGACAUUCUAGAAAUCCUUCUCUUUGACAUUUUAUAUUACAGAAUUCUAAGCCACAAUCCCAUAUAUUCCUU